UCGGGCUCCAUAUACCUACCUACCGCCUACCUACCUACUUACCCUACUACAUCUGCCGCUCCUUCGCUGCCCCUAAUAAAAACCACCUCCAUCACCCAUCGUCGUCUCCUUGCCGCACCGUCGCUCGUUACCGAAAUAGCCCUUGUGUCCUUUGCUCGUGCCCUUACAGCAAGCCGGUGUUACCCGUGGCUUGCGCGCCUGCUCCUCUAGCAUCGUCGACGACGCGUCGUCACCACUUGCCUUUGUGUCUUGUGUCUCACACGGGAGACAUACCUUUCACCUGUAUCCAAAGACAAUUGUUCGUGCCUACCAUGGGUCGUCCAAAGAGAGUCCUCUCUUUCAUGUCGCAAUGGGGCGGCAACACACACCUCCAGAAGAACCCCCCGUCGGCCACACCAUCGCCAGGCCCAGCGUCUCCUGCUCCUGCGUCGCCCUCUACCAGAGAACCCACCUCUGCCCCCUCCUCACAGUCGGUAACGGCCCUGAACCACUACAACCACGAGCGCUCGGCUUCCAGGGACACACAGGCCCGCUCCGACUCCCGCCUGUCGACGCGCCCCAUGUCGAUGAUCCAGACAUACCAGCCUCCAGUCAUGGAGGUAAGCCACGACACACUGCCCGAGCUGCAACGCAUCUUCACCUUCCUCAACAGCCACUCGAACAAGCUGUACCAAGAGGGCUACUUUCUCAAGUUUCAUGACACAGACACUCGCGGCCGUCCCGCACCAGAUCGCAAAUGGCAAGAGUACUUUGUCCAGCUCGUGGGCACCAUUCUCUCGUUAUGGGACGCGAGUGAGCUGGACACGGCUGGUGGUGAUGCAGAGGUGCUCCCAACCUUCAUCAACCUGACAGACGCUGCGAUCCACAUGAUUCCAACCAUGACACUAAAGGAUGGCAAGAAGCUCGACAACAUCCUCAGUGUAUCCACCGCCGCAAGCAACAAGUACCUGUUCCAUUUUGAUUCGUACCACGCGCUUACCCAAUGGUCUGCCGGAAUUCGCCUCGCCAUGUACGAGCAUACCACCCUGCAGGAGGCCUACACCGGUGCUUUGAUCGCAGGCAAGGGCAGAACGCUAAACAACAUCCGCAUCAUUCUAGAUCGCCAGUGUGCCCCAUACGAGGACUGGGUUCGCGUGCGAUUUGGCGCAGGCACUCCGUGGCGCCGUUGCUGGGGCGUAGUCUCUCCGCCAGACCAGAAGGAAUACGCGAAACUACAAAAGUCACAGAAGAAAUCAAAUCUGUACGAGCGUCCCGUGCAGCUCAAGGGAGACAUCAAGUUCUAUGACACCAAGAAAGUCACCAAGAAGACCAAGCCCAUCGCGACCGUCAAGGAUGCCUACUCCUGCUACGCCAUCUAUCCGCAGUCGAAACCAUUGAUUGACCAGUCUACUUUGGUCAAGAUUGAGGGCAAGAUUACGAUCCACUCGAAGCCAGAGAGCACGACAGAAGGAUUCGUUUUUGUCAUGCCGGAAGCGCGGCCAGCUGUAUCAGGCUUCGAGAUCCUGCUUCAGUACCUCUUCCCCGUUUUCGAUACAUUUUGUCUCUAUGGGCGCCCCAAGAAGCUGAUUGCCGACGUGCUGGAUGCCCGUGGGCUAAUGUUUGCUAUGCCCUCAGACAGGCGGUAUGGAUACCUGGAGAUGUGGGAUGUCGUGGGCUUGAUCAACACCGAGGGCAGUGCAACCUGGUCGGAGCGCCAGUGGAGGAAACAACUCAAAGAUCUAACAUCGACACGUAUGUCGGCAGCAGGCCCCGAGACCGAAUCAGUCUACAGCCGCGCAAGCCGAAGGAACACGGUCAGCCGAGCUGGUUUUGCCCCUGCUUCCUUGAGAUUCGAAGACCGUGCUUCUGUCCGCUCCAGCCCGUCCACCCGCCAGCCCUCGCCAACAAGAGUUACACAGCCUGAUUUCGAGCCACAAGAACCGCGUCGUGCAGGCACAGCGCCUGCAGCAGGUCCGUUUGCAGCUCCGCGCCACCAACGGUCGGUCUCCGAGCAAGUGAACGGUUACAACAAGUACCAGGCGACGCCUUCCCGCUUGGCACAAGGCCAGGCUGCAGACGAUUAUGACCGUGCACCGACUCCUCCAGCACAUGGUGUCUACAACGGCACGCCUCAGAACGGACCUGCUCAGCAUCAUGAAGUGUACGACAGCGAUGAGAGCCCCGUUCACGAACCGCAGAACUUGCCGCAACUCCCAACUAACCUGUCGGCGCCGCCUCAGGGGAUCGUGGACCUUCCCCCUACAUUUGCGCAUGCCGCCAACCAGAAACCGCCUAUUCAUCCCACUUUAACCCCUACGAUGAGGCCCAAUGCGGCCGUCGACUCCGCUACGCUCCAACAGAUGGCAGACGCAUCGAAUACGCCUGGCAUCGCUGCGGCAGGUGCAGCUGCAGCAUGGAGGAGCCAAGAUAGCCUGCACAAUAGACGAAGUGGCGAUUACAAUGCAUAUGGACAAAAUGGGCAAUCCAUGUAUCUGAACGCCAACGCACGGCCGCCUCCAACGAACCACCAAUCUGGUAAUCGUUUGUCCACCAUUCCUGCAUCGCCCUACGUCGAGCACUCUGAGUAUGUGCAGUCGCCUGCGGGCUACCAGCCGAUAGCUCCAUCUGUUCCAGAACAUGGUGAGCUGCCGCAGGCAUCACCGAGUCAUGAACUCGCGUAUCGCCCGCGUCCUGACAGCGGCGGUGUCCAACGUAAACCAGUACCAGGUCGGUCCCCUCUACCCUCGCAAGACGAUGACACCCACUCGACCUCAAGCUCAAGUCUCGGCAGUUUACGAAACGACAUAGUCGAUCCCGACGCUCUCGAUGCUCUCAACUACACCCAAAGCACGCUGUUUCGACCACCCAGCGCGUCGAGUAGUCGCUAUGACGAUGACGCUGCCUCUACCUCUACGCCAGAUUACGCAAGUGUAGCGAGUGAGGAGAUUCAGCCGCGGAGGCUCCCUCUAAGGCGCGAAGAUCGCCCACGGAGUGGCUUCCUAAGAACGAUUGGCGAUCCCAAUUACAAGUCCAAGUUUGAUAGGGGGCCGGAUGGGUCAGUAACAAUAGCGGAUGGGGCUGAAGCAUCGGCCAACGUGCCUACCAUUGACUUUGGACCGACGUACGCCUUGGGUUUCAAUGACAAGCGUCCAGGAACAAGCGGGACCAUGACCCAAAUGCUGCACGAUGACGGCUUCUCGAAAUCUAGAGAAAACCUUGCAACAACUCCGACUGAUCAGUACCGGCAAUCGUACAUCUCAGGAAGGACUACCCCGAAUGGAGCAUUGCACAUGCGGAGUGGCUCAAAUUCUCCACAGAUCUCGGAUUCACGAAGUGUCCCAUGGCAGCCUGGAAUGGCCUCACCGCAGCAGGCAGAUAGGCAGAAGCUCGAUCCCGAGGAGUGGGUGAUGCAUCGUGCAUCUCAGCAGCCGCAGUCGAUGAUGUAUGGUCACACAAGGACCAAGUCCAAGACCCCUCCACCGUUUGGCCGCGCAAACUCUGGAGACUGGAGCCAGCUACAGCGCAGUCCAGACGGCUCGGUUGGGCCUGCUCGACCGCCAAGUCGACCGCUUAGCCGACCACUUUCCCGAGGCGCUGAUGUGCUGCUCGAUAUGAAACCUACGGCUUUAUCAGCCCGCGAGCAGGAGCAGGUAGCGCGCAUGACGAACACACCCCUCGUUGACCUAUCGCAGAACAACAAGAAACUGCAAAAACCACAUCCACAGGGUUUGACUGGGUACAUCAAUUACCGCGAGAAGGAGAAAGCCGCAGCCAAGGCAACUCGUCAAGGCCACUCAUCAGCCAUGCAAGCCGAAAUAGACAGGCGAACUCUUCAGGUACAGCAACGACAGAUGAUGGAAGCCCAGCAGCGCCAGAGACAAAUGUUGGAGAUGCAACAGCAGCAAAUGCAACAGCAGCAAGUACAUCAGCACAUGGCCAUGGCACAGAGCUCAUACGCGCCAAGUAUGAUGGGAACCCCGAGCGGGACUCGAUCUCCAAGUAUGAUGGGUCCUCCAAGCGUUAUGGGAAUGUCGACAGGACCCGGAACGCCACAAGGAAUGCCUGGCAUGGCGUACUCGACACCAAACCAGAUGCCGCAGAUGUACCAACAGCCGCAGUACUUUCCUCAGCAAACAGCAACGCCACAUAUGCAUAUACCGGGAGCAUGGGGAACACCGACGCCUCAAACGCCGCAGGGACAGUAUUUCCCGCAGCAGCAGCAGCAACAACAACAGCCGGCUACACAGGCUUAUGGAGCCUCGUUUGACCAAGCGCAGGCUGCGGCCAGAUACGCUCAACAACAGGGACCGUAUCGAAGAUAAGGAUGCACAUAGGCAGUAAAACACACGAUGAACAGCAUAGUCCUGGGAAGCAUCAUGGGCCU